CCCCCAACAAUCAAAGUCCGCCCAAGAAAACAAAACUCGAUACAAAAUGGAGUCGCUCUUGAAACAAGGCAGGUCGCUCUGUCCCUUCCUCAAGCGUUCGUCACCUACCACCCUCCGCAUGCUCUCCACCCGCACCAGCUCCUCCGGUAUCUCCGCCUUGGCUGUUGCUGGAAAGCGUUGUCCCGUGAUCGGAAAGACGAUGCGUCAGGCUGCCCGUACUUAUGUCGCUCCCACCACCACCCGCAAAGCCAAGAUGGCCACCGUCGAGACCGUCCACAUCAACGCCGGCGUCGGUGUGGUCGACCUCUCCAAAGGCGUCGAAGCCUGCCCCCACAUCUCCGCCACCGCCGCAGCGAUGAACAAAUCCGUCUCCAGCGUCCUCAAGAGCAAAACCUCCGUCAUCCAGCCCUCCGAGGACGUCAACACCUCCUACAGCUACGAAUCCUUCUAUCAACACGAACUCGACAAAAAGCAUGCCGAUAAGUCGUACAGGUAUUUCAACAACAUUAAUCGUCUCGCUGCUGAGUUCCCGAAGGCGCAUACUGCGAAGGAGGAUGAGCGGGUUAUGGUCUGGUGCUCGAAUGAUUAUUUGGGGAUGAGUAAGCAUCCGAAGGUUGUUCAUACUAUGAUUGACACGCUUACCCGGUAUGGUGCUGGAGCUGGUGGGACCCGUAAUAUUGCUGGGCAUAACCGCCAUGCGGAGGCCUUGGAGAAGUCUCUUGCGUCCCUGCACAGGAUGGAAUCCGCGCUCGUUUUCUCGUCUUGUUUCGUUGCGAAUGACGCUACCCUCGCUACGCUUGGCUCCAAGCUCCCCGGCUGUGUCAUCUUGUCCGACUCAUCCAACCACGCCUCCAUGAUCCAGGGUAUCCGCCACUCCUUGGCCAAAAAGAUGGUCUUCAAACACAACGACGUCGCGGACCUUCGCGCAAAGUUGGAGUCAAUCCCGAAGAACGUACCCAAAAUCAUCGCAUUCGAGUCUGUUUAUUCCAUGUGCGGCUCCAUCGGCCCCAUCGAGGAAAUCUGUGAUUUGGCGGAAGAGUUCGGAGCAUUGACAUUCCUCGACGAAGUCCACGCCGUCGGCAUGUACGGCCCAACCGGCGGCGGCGUCGCCGAACACCUCGAUUUCGAGGCCCACGUUUCUGGACAGUAUGCCCGUAAACCAAUUACGUCCCGUAUCGACAUCAUCACCGGAACGCUCGGGAAGGCAUACGGUGUCGUGGGCGGCUACAUUGCGGGAAGCGCGAGAUUGGUCGACACGAUCCGUUCCCUCGCGCCCGGGUUCAUUUUCACGACCACCUUACCACCCGCUGUCAUGGCCGGCGCCACAGCGGCGAUCGAACACCAAAAAGCCUACAAUGGGGAUCGUGUGUUACAGCAGCUUCAUACACGCCAGUUGAAGAGUCGCUUGGACGAGGUCGGUAUCCCGGUCGUGCCGGGGCCGAGCCAUAUCAUCCCCGUGCUUGUUGGGUCGGCGGAGAAGGCAAAGGCGGCCUCUGACGAACUUUUACGCGAGCAUGAUAUUUAUGUGCAGUCGAUUAAUUAUCCCACUGUUCCCGUCGGGCAGGAGAGGUUGCGUAUCACGCCUACUCCGGCGCAUGGGGCGCGUGAGCAAGAGGUGCUUGUUGGGGCGUUGGAGAGUGUUUGGGAGAAGUUUGGGUUGAGGCGGGUUAGGGAUUGGGAGGUUGCGGGGGGGAGGGCGGGGGUUGGGGAGGGGGUUGAGGCGAGGCCCAUUUGGACUGAUGAGCAGGUUGGGUUGGCGAAGAAGGAGGUCAAGGUUGAGGUUGAGCAGAAAGUUGAGGAGGCUUUUAGGCCUGUUGAGGUUGCUGCUGCUGCGUAAAGCUGUGCGCAGCGUGGUGGAGGGCCUUUAGGCGUGUGGAGUGAUUUU